AUGAGUUUCUUGGCGGACACGGUACCCCUUUGCAAGGUCCUACCCACCACUCUCCGCGCCGAUGACGCCAUCCUUGCCAGCGCGCUCUACACCCAGGCUGCGGACAUCCUUUCCACUAUUACUCGCAACGGUCUAAUUCAUGGUGACUUCAACGAGUUUAACCUUCUCGUACAUGGAUUGGUGAAAAAUGAUGGUGAAGAAGUUGAGACGGAUGCAACGAUAACGACAAAGAUAGCGAUAGAAGCAAAGCUAAUUCUCAUUGAUUUUCCUCAGAUGAUCAGUCGCGAUCACCGGACCGCUCAGGAGACAUAUGAACGGGAUUUGAAUGGGAUUGUCAAUUUCUUCAGUAGAUUCCUAGAAAUUCCUCCGACGGAUGUCCCUCCCCGCUCCCUCGCUGAUGUCCCUCGAACUGGAAAUAUGGAUGUGGAGCUAAAGGCUCCAGGCUACCCCAACCAAAAGCCUCAAAAAAAGACCGAGAGUGGCCUCCGUCGAGGGCGCAUAGACGAUUCAGAGCUCCUUGUUGGCACAGUUGCGGCUCUCGCUCUCAGCAGUGAUGACGACAGUGCUUCAGAAACGGACACAAACGAGGAGCAAGACGUGAGUGACGAAGACAUCCAUGACAGCGAGGAGGCCCUAACUUCCCACAUUUCUCAAACAUCUCAAUCAGAUGAGGGCGAGGGAAACGAGGAUGAAUUUGUGAAGGAAAACACCACCAUCAAUACUAGCUUCGUCAAGGGAAGGAAGGCCACCUCCCCAAUGGUAAUCAGUCGCGAAGAAGUGAGAGAACGAAGGAAGCGGGAAGGGAGAAAACGGAUUCAGAAUGAGUUCCGCCUGAGGAUUAAGCGCCAGCAGCGCGCCAGUGUCAAAAGCAAGGGUCGAGCAGAGAUAGCAGCCGAGACGCGCCUUUUUAUCCAAUAA